GCGCAUCGGAAAAAAACCUAGCACGCACACAUUACCGUUCUUCAGUACUUCUUUCUUGGUCGCUGCCCAUUCUCAAUCUGUAACGCAUAAGCCCUAAAUUUCACAUCCUUUAAUCGUUGAUUUAUUUCUCUCAUCUUCUUCGGGCUUGGGAUUGAUUGUUAUUUGUCGAAAUUACGGAGGACUGAUGGGUCGAAAGAAGCCUGUCAGGGGUGAGGAGGAUGGACUUGGCGGGGAGGGUAAGUCGAAGAAGAAGUCGGUUAGGAUUGAUGAUGAUGAGUAUUCUAUUGGAAUGGAAACGGAGGAGCCGGUGGCUGAGGUGAAGCAGAAUGCGCCUGGUGGGAAGGGGAAGAAGAAGAAGUCGAAGAAUGCUCGGGGGAAGGGUGUUGAUGACGAUGACGAGGAUGAUUAUGUUUUGAAAGAUGAUGGGGAUGAUGUUGGGAGGAAGGCGAAUUCGAAAAAGAGUGGGAGUAAUAGUAGUAGUAUGUUUAGUAGUUCAGCGUUUGGGUUACUAGGGGAGGAUGAUGAGGAUGAAGAUGGUAAUGAGCAGGAUGGUGAUGGUGUUUCUACUGAGGAGGAUGUUGGUACGUCGUUGGCGUUUAAGGGGAAGAAGAAAUCGUCAAAGUCAAAAAAGAGUAGUGGGUUUAGUGGUUCAUCAGCUUUUGAUGCACUUGGUGGCGAUGAGGAUGAUGAUGGGGAUGUUAUAGAUGAUUCUGGGGUUGAGCAAAAAUCUGAUAAUGAUGAUGAGCCGGUUAUUAAGUUGACAGGGAAGAAGAAACCGUCAAAAUCAAAGAAGAAAGGCAGUGCUGCUGGCUUUGAUAUACUUGAUGAAGAUGAGAAUGAGGAAAGUAAGGAUGAUGAUGAAGAUGUAGCAUCCAUUUCCUUCUCUGGUAAGAAGAAGAAAUCUUCAAAAUCAACAAAGAAGAGUAAUAAUUCAUAUCUUGAUGAAGACAACGGUGAAGAUCUUUCUGUCUCAGAAUCUGGUGCUGAUGCUGGCACAGUUAAUGAUGAUAUUAGUGCUCUUGAUGAAGAUGCAUCUGCUGUAAUCUUUUCUGGUAAAAAGAAGUCUUCGAAAAAGAAGGGUAACACGGGCUUUACACAGCUGGAGGCUGAGCAAUCUGAGGAAGUUCCCGGUGAAGAAAAGCCUGCUACAGGUGUUAGCGAUGGAAGGUCUGAUGAUAGCAAAAGUAAAGACACUAGUGAUAAUGUAGUGUUAACGUCGAAAAACAAGAAGAAGAAGAAGAAAGGGGGUAGGACUGCACAGGAAGAAGAUGACCUUGAUAAGAUUCUAGCAGAGCUUGGUGAAGUCCCACCUCCUUCUAAGCCUGAUACUGCUCCUCAACAAGAGGAAAAAGCCCCAAUUCAAGCUGAACCAUCUCUGGCUGUAGAUACUUCAGUUGAAAAGGAGGCUGGUGAAGACACUAUGGAAUCUGCUGCUGCAAAGAAGAAGAAAAAGAAAAAAGAGAAGGAAAAGGAGAAAAAGGCUGCUGUAGCAGCUGCUGGGCCCUCUGUGGAAGAGAAACAGGAAGAAACAAAGAAUAAACUAGCAGACAAGAAGAAAGUCCCAAAACAUGUCAGGGAGAUGCAAGAGAGAGUUGCCAAGCAAAAGGCAGAGGCAGAGCGUAAGCAAAGGGAAGAAGAGGAGAGGUUAAGGAAGGAAGAAGAAGAGAGACUAAGGCAAGAAGAAGCGGAAAGACAAGCAGAAGAGAAAAAAAGAUUAAAAAAGGAGAGAGAAAAGGAAAAACUUCAGAAGAAGAAACAAGAAGGCAAGCUCUUAACAGGGAAGCAGAAAGAAGAAGCCCGUCGGCUGGAGGCAAUGAGGAACCAAAUACUUGCUAAUGCUGGAGGUUUGCCUCUCACUACUUCUGACACUGCUAGUACCUCGAAACGGCCCAAGUAUCAAACAAAGAAGUCAAAGCAACAUUCCCAAGUAAAUGGUGCUUCUUCUUCCAAGACUAAUGAAAUAACAGAAGCAGAUGAAAAACAGGAAGUUAUGUCUGGUUUUGACUCCACUGAAACUGACAAGGUGGAAGAGACAAACCUAAUUGACGCUGAGGAGAAAUCUGAAGUUGCUGAUGUGGUUGAAGAGGAUGGCACAGAGGAAGAUGACGAAGAAUGGGAUGCAAAGAGUUGGGAUGACGAUAAUCUUAAGCUUCUCGGUAAAAGUGCAUUUGCUGAUGAAGAGGCCGACUUAGAACCCGAAAUUGUGGUAAAAAAAGAUACAAAAAGUUCACAGACUGCCACUCGUAAUGCCAAACCAACAGUACCACCAGAGAAAGUGGUCCCUAAUGCUCCAGUCAAAUCCCAGGAUACUAAUAAAAGCUUGCCAAUGGGCGAUGUUCCAGCCAAAAAGAAACAGAAAGAUAUAGUUGAGAAGAAAGAAGCACAAAAAGCAGAUGGUGAAAAUCUCCGGUCCCCAAUCUGCUGUAUCAUGGGUCAUGUUGAUACUGGAAAGACCAAGCUGCUUGAUUGCAUCCGAGGCACUAAUGUUCAGGAAGGCGAAGCUGGAGGAAUUACGCAGCAAAUUGGUGCUACAUACUUUCCCGCUGAAAACCUACGGGAUAGGACCAAAGAACUAAAAGCUGAUGCAAAACUAAAAGUUCCAGGCCUGUUGGUUAUUGAUACCCCUGGACACGAGUCAUUUACAAAUUUGCGUUCUCGGGGAUCUGGAUUAUGUGAUAUUGCCAUUUUAGUUGUUGACAUAAUGCAUGGAUUGGAACCACAGACCAUAGAAUCACUAAAUUUGUUGAGAAUGAGGAAUACAGAGUUCAUUGUUGCCUUGAAUAAGGUGGAUAGAUUGUAUGGGUGGAAAACUUGUCGCAAUUCACCUAUUGUGAAAGCAAUAAAGCAACAGAGUAAAGAUGUUUUAAAUGAAUAUAAUAGGAGGGCUAUUGAGAUUAUUACACAGUUUAAGGAGCAAGGACUUAAUACUGAGCUGUACUAUAAAAACAAAGAAAUGGGGGAGACCUUCAGUAUUGUACCUACAAGUGCCAUCAGUGGUGAAGGUAUCCCCGAUCUGCUUUUGCUGCUAGUGCAAUGGUCUCAAAAGACUAUGGUUGAAAAACUUACAUACAGUGAUGUAGUGCAGUGCACCGUUUUGGAGGUUAAGGUCAUUGAAGGUCAUGGAACUACAAUUGAUGUGGUGUUGGUCAAUGGUGUCCUUCAUGAAGGUGACCAGAUUGUUGUCUGCGGUAUGCAGGGACCUAUUGUUACGACAAUACGAGCUUUAUUGACUCCUCAUCCAAUGAAGGAGCUUCGUGUUAAGGGUACUUUCCUUCACCACAAAGAAAUCAAGGCUGCCCAGGGUAUCAAGAUUACUGCACAGGGCCUUGAGCAUGCAAUUGCCGGCACCGGUCUUUAUGUGGUUGGGCCUGAUGAUGAUUUGGAAGUAGUGAAGGAGUCAACCAUGGAGGAUAUGAAGUCGGUGAUGAACAGAAUUGAUAAAACUGGUGAAGGGGUUUAUGUUCAAGCGUCUACUCUUGGUUCUUUAGAAGCAUUGCUUGAGUUCUUGAAGACCCCUGCAGUGAACAUACCUGUGAGUGGUAUAGGCAUAGGUCCUGUCCACAAGAAGGAUGUCAUGAAGGCCAGUGUGAUGCUUGAGAAGAAGAAAGAGUACGCGACCAUCUUAGCAUUUGAUGUUAAAGUGACACAAGAAGCCCGGGACCUUGCGGAGGAGUAUGGUGUGAAAGUAUUUAUUGCUGAUAUCAUUUAUCACUUGUUCGAUCAGUUCAAGGCUUACAUUGAUACUUUUAAGGAAGAAAAGAAGAAGGAAGCUGCUGAUGAGGCAGUAUUUCCGUGUGUGCUUAAAAUUAUGCCAAACUGCGUGUUUAACAAGAAGGACCCAAUUAUUCUAGGUGUUGAUGUUCUUGAAGGAAUCGCUAAGGUUGGGACUCCAAUAUGUAUUCCCCAGAAGGAUUUUAUUGACAUUGGUCGGAUAGCUUCCAUUGAAAACAACCACAAGCCAGUUGAUACUGCAAAGAAAGGAAGUAAGGUGGCUAUAAAGAUAAUUGGAAGCAAUCCAGAUGAGCAGCAGAAAAUGUUUGGUAGACAUUUUGAGAUUGAAGAUGAGCUUGUCAGCCACUUGUCUAGGAAGUCACUUGACAUACUGAAAGAAAAUUAUCGGGAUGAGCUGUCUAAUGAAGAGUGGCGGCUGGUUGUCAAACUGAAACACUUGCUUAAAAUCCAGUGACUUAUGUUUUUCAAGCUGAAGAAUCUGUUGAUAUCCAGCGACUUCUCCAAUUGUGUACUCAGAGCAAUUUCUGUUGUUUGAUAAACUUGGCGGAUAGUGGGUGCAGAUAUUACUGUAAAGAAAGAGCUUUUUUUGUGGAAAGGAACUCACAGAAGUUAUACAACAGAUGAACCUGUGACUGUGGGCCUCAGAUGUGGCAUCAGUUUAAAGCUUUGAAAAUUUUAUCCGGUGAACAAUGUGUAAAUCACGGUUGAGUUCGUCUGGAGCUUGUGUUCAUCUUUUUGUUGGAUGUAAGAUGCCUUGGUAAGCUUUCCAUUGCAAAGAUGACUGCAACUCAAUAUCAUGGCAAUAAACGUUGCAUCAUCAUAAGCUUUUCUAAAAUUUUGUGAGACGAAUUCUGUCAAUUUUGUAUUAAGCUGUGAUAACCUCAUCAGACCUCACCAAGAAGAAAUGUGAUCCCUUAUUUCAAUUAUGCUA